UAUAUCAAGACAACAACACACAACCAUAUUAGUCGAAGUGCAACCAUUCACGGAUCGAGACAAGUAGAAAUAAAAGGUCGAACGGUAUUGGAAGCCGAGACAGCAAUUCAUGGAGACCUCGCUCUGGUGCGCAUCGGCCGUUACGUUUAUGUCGAAUCCGGUACAACGCUGAGGCCUGCUCCCCAACCACAGCUAAUGAUCCCCAUUGACUCAUCAACUACUUACAUUCCUAUGAUAAUUGGUUCUCACACAAUCAUUGGAAGUAAUUGCAUGAUUCAGGCGGCUGCUAUCGGUAGUUUUUGCUGUAUAGGUAACAACGUCACGAUAGGAGAACGUGUAAUUGUUAAAGAUUGCUGCGUGAUUGCCGAUAACGUGACACUAGGCCCCGACACCGUGAUUCCCCCCUUUACC